CUCAGCCUGCCUUGCACAUCGUCCAUCGUGAUUGCCAUCAGUCGCAAUCCUCGUUGCACACAUCUUUCAUCGUCCAGUUCAUCUUGCAGUACUCAAGAUGGCGUGGCGCAAUCAAGGCAUUACUGGCUCCAACAAUAUACCCUUGGGAACGCGCCGUCGGUUUGGGGGCGACAGCGCUGCAGCGGACUCGCAAAAUGGCAGCUCCAUGAAUCCUCCUGCUCAUGGGGAUUCUGGAAAGCGCGGGCGAAGUCCUACCAGAGCUGAACCCACCACCGAUGGCGACGGUACCAAGCGACGCAGAAAGCGUAACCGCUGGGGAGAAGCCGGGGAGAACAAGGCAGCCGGGCUCAUGGGCCUUCCCACAAUGAUUCAGGCAAACAUGACAGCUGAACAGCUCGAGGCAUAUACUCUUCAUCUCCGUAUUGAAGAGAUCAGUCAGAAGUUGCGAAUCAACGAUGUGGUCCCUGCGGAAGCAGACAGGUCGCCUUCACCUCCACCACAAUAUGACAACUUUGGCCGUCGUGUCAAUACACGCGAGUUUCGCUAUCGAAAGCGACUCGAAGAUGAGCGACACAAGCUGGUGGAAAAGGCCAUGAAAACCAUCCCCAACUACCAUCCGCCAUCUGACUACAGACGGCCCACCAAGACUCAGGAAAAGGUUUACGUGCCUGUCAACGACUAUCCCGAGAUUAACUUUAUUGGACUACUUAUUGGGCCCCGUGGAAACACCUUGAAGAAGAUGGAGUCCGAGUCUGGGGCCAAGAUUGCCAUUCGAGGCAAAGGCUCUGUCAAGGAGGGCAAGGGACGAUCUGACGCUGCUCAUACUAGCAACCAGGAAGAAGACCUGCAUUGUCUCAUCAUGGCGGACACAGAAGAGAAGGUCAACAAAGCCAAGGCCUUGAUCCACAACGUUAUUGAAACCGCGGCUUCCAUUCCCGAAGGCCAAAACGAGCUCAAGAGAAACCAGCUUCGCGAACUCGCGGCUCUCAACGGUACGCUCCGUGACGAUGAAAACCAGGCAUGUCAGAACUGUGGUCAAAUCGGGCAUAGGAAGUACGACUGUCCAGAGCAGCGCAAUUUCACUGCCAAUAUCAUCUGUCGUGUCUGUGGGAAUGCUGGACACAUGGCUAGGGACUGCCCAGACAGACAGCGCGGCACGGAUUCACGCAACCAUAUUCCAGGAGGAUAUGGUGGGCCUCAGAGACGCCUGGGUCCUGCUGAUGCAGUCGACAGAGAAAUGGAGAAUCUCAUGCAAGAACUUUCUGGCAAUCCAUCUGGCAAUGGUCCAGUUGGCCGCAUCGAGGCUGCUCCAAGUGGUUAUGAUCAAGCAGAUUCAUAUAGCGGCGCCCCCACGCACAGGGACUCCCGCCCAUGGGCGCGGCAACCGACUGGUGGUCCUGCUCCAUGGCAGCGUGAUCGCCAGGAGCGUGACUACGGGGCCCGAGAAGGCGGAACGUCACUCCCGCCCUGGGCGCAGAAUCGUGGUGCUGAUAGUCAUGGAGGCUAUGGAUCAGCUCCGGCCAGCCACGACCUACCGCCGUGGCAGCAGCAAGCUCCGCCUGUUGCCCAGCCUUACGGCUAUGGAGGGUAUCCCGGCUACGAUGGUCAAGCUGCUUACGGAGUCCCGCCGCCUCCAGCCGCAGUAGCAGGAGCGGUCCCUCCUAGCCUCAGCAGUUUCCUUCAACAAUUUGCUGGAAAUGCUCCCCCACCACCACCGGAUACACAAGCUCCACCACCUCCUCCGCCAGAUAACCAACCGCCGCCACCACCUGGCAUGGAUGAUUAUGUACCGCCGCCGCCACCGUCGGCAUAGAGUGUUGAACCUAGUUCGCCGUGAACGAUGUUGGACUAUUAGCUACGACAGGGCCAAAGGAAUGGCAGGGUUGGAUGAAUCGUGCAGAGUCGCUGUGGACAGUCGGAAAUGAAAACGGAUUCUUGCGUACGGGCAUUGAGCUCGCCUUUCAAUGCGUUGUCUGUGCAGAACUGCCAAUAGGGGAAAUCGUUACAUGUUCUUCGGGUAACGACUUAUGUACUCAAGCGCAACUCGAUGGCUGAUUAGUAGUCUUCAGCGACGAUGGCAACUUGAAUCAUGCAGUUGGUGGAGCGGUGCUUGUUUGUUAGCGUGCGGGGAAUUUCAAGUUCCACGCGCGGCUCGACCCGCGGGAAAUCCGGAAGUCGAAUCUCAUUAUCCUACUACUAGUACCUCUAUUACUCGAGAAGAAUCAUGAUUGCCAG